CCGCAUCUGUAAUUGAAGCUGAAGAUUGAAGGGUGGAGGACGACGACGAACAAGUGUAGAAGAUGGGAACAUUGGGAAAGGCAAUCUACACCGUCGGAUUCUGGAUCCGAGAGACCGGCCAAGCCCUCGAUCGCCUUGGUUGCCGCCUCCAAGGAAACCACUACUUUCAAGAACAACUAUCUAGGCACAGGACGCUCAUGAACGUAUUUGACAAGGCUCCUGUAGUUGACAGUGAUGCAUUUGUGGCGCCUAGUGCAUCUAUCAUUGGUGAUGUGCAGGUGGGACGGGGGUCCUCCAUUUGGUAUGGCUGUGUUUUGAGAGGUGAUGUUAACAGCAUCAGUGUUGGCACUGGGACCAAUAUACAAGACAACUCAUUAGUUCACGUAGCAAAAUCCAAUUUGAGUGGAAAGGUUUUACCAACUAUCAUUGGUGAUAAUGUUACUGUCGGUCACAGUGCUGUGUUACAUGGAUGUACUAUCGAGGACGAGGCAUUUGUGGGUAUGGGAGCAACGUUGCUUGAUGGAGUCUACGUAGAAAAACAUGCAAUGGUUGCUGCUGGAGCACUUGUGAGACAGAAUACAAGGAUCCCAUGUGGAGAGGUAUGGGGAGGAAAUCCAGCAAGGUUCCUGAGGAAGCUUACAGAAGAAGAGAUGGCCUUUUUCUCCCAGUCAGCCAUUAAUUAUUCCAACUUAUCACAGGUUCAUGCAGCUGAAAAUGUUAAGAGCUUUGAUGAAAUUGAAUUUGAAAAGGUUCUUCGCAAGAAGUUUGCUCGUCGCGAUGAAGAGUAUGAUUCGAUGUUGGGCGUUGUUCGUGAAACCCCUCCAGAGCUUGUCCUUCCAGAUAACAUACUGGCUGAUAAAGUACCAAGAGCUUCUUAAGACGUAAUUUUUUAAUGGAGGUGUUGCCCUUUGAAAUAUUUUGCUGAUAUUCAUAAAAGACCCGACCUUCAUCGCAAAUAACAUAUGGAGGUUGGAUGGAUGAGCAAACGCCAAAGGUCACGAACAAUGUCCUCUGGUUACAGCUCUAACAAUCAUCCUCCCCGAAACACCAUCACUUUAGAUGCUUCAAUAUUCUUGAAGCCAUCCUUGGAUUUGUUUCCAGGUUUUGAAUAAUUUUUUCACUGUUCCUGUUCGGAAAUAAAGAACUUUUGGAAACAGGUGUAUUUAAGGAUUAAAUCUAUUUCGCUUCAACAGGCUUCUUGUUCUUA